CGCUGGGUUAACCCCUCAAGGAAACGAAAAUAAUAAAUAACAAAAUAGUUUAGUUGAUAGAUAUGCAAGAACAGAGCUUUGUCAAAUACUUGCCUACAACUACAACUUAGGCGUUUCGUCAAAACCAAAAUUCUGACAAAACAAUUUAGGUUAGGUUUAAAUUUGCUAAAAUGGACGUAAUUAUUGAGUUUCUAAAUCCUGACAUUCGCUCCGACUUUCUCGAACUUUCGAAAAGUUCGGACGAAAGAAGCGAGAAAUCUAUUUCGACUUUAAAUUCUCUCCUUCGCAAAUCAUUAAUGGAAUCAGUCAAGCAAAAAUCGAAACAAAAACUAGUCGAAAUCGAAACAGUCGAGAGAGGUUUUGACAGAGAAAAGGCGUCUGCAAUUUUGGAGUUCCUUAAAAUCAAGUUCGACAGUUUAGCUUCAGUUUUGCACUCGGAUGACCUCGUGACGAGCUUAGUACACGACGCAGUUCGGAAUUUGUACGACUGGGGAAAAAGUGUUUCCAAAGAGGAGUUAAUUGAGAAAAACAAAAUUUUGUCUGCACAAACGAAAACAAUUCAGGAGCACCAAGCCAGAACAAAGAAAAAAGGAAAAAACGAAGUUCAAGUUCGGAAAACAACAAGUUCAGUGGCGACUAAAAGCAAGUCGUCUGAUUCGACCGGAGUUGAAAAUCUCUCUGAAAUUUUAAUCAACCAGCUGAAAAUAUUCAAAGUUCACACAGGUCAAUAUGUCAAAGGUCAGCUAAUAGGUCAUCCAUGUGUGACUACAGGGGUCACUCACUUGAUGCAGGACAAGAAUGGCUCAGUCACAAUUUUGGGAAUCUACAAUUUAAUGAGCGUUCAAAAAAACGAAGAGUUCGAGGAGAUAUACCCGGUCAAAUCAUGGAUUCUCGUAAAAGAACCCUUCUUCAAGAUAUUUGACAGUGGGGACAAGGGAAUCCGCAUUGAUGAUCCACGCGACAUUUUGCUCUGUACGGAAGAGCUAGAAAGAAGACUCACACCGACUAAAAAGAGUGUAACGGAAGAUUCUGUUCAUUCCGAGGAAACUGUCAAAGCGCUGUCGGAGAGGCUAGCGCCAUUUAGAACGAAAGGAAACCAGCUAUUUGUUCAGAAGAAGUUCGAGCUGGCACUAGCGGCCUAUUGGGAGGGAAUCAUAAUGGCUCAAGCUCAACUGCAUCUUGGAUUCAAAGCAGGGGUCAAACAAAGAGGUCACAAGAGCAGUAAUAACGAGAAAACUGUCAGUAAGACAGCUGACGAUGACGAUGAGUUCGCGCAGCUUCUCAAAGCAGCAGGUCUGCUUCAGUGGGAAGUGGAAAAGGAUGUUGACGUCACACAUUUGAGUUCUAGGCUAUCAAAACUGACCGAACUUGGACUCCUCUGCAGUAACAUCUCAAUCUGUCUGAAGGAACUCAACUGCCAUCACAAAGCUGCCAUUUUUGCUAGACUGGUUCAGUUUUUCGACGUCUCUCCAAACAUAAAACACAAGAGUCUAUUCCGCUACUGGCAAUGCCAACUUGUUUCUGGGCAUCUGAAAUCACUGGGAUCUGGGACUUGGAACCAUCUCAAGGACGUUCUUUCAAAACAUGAAAUUGCGAGUUUGAAGUUGCUCGAGGCACAGGCGUCUUCAGGGACGUAUGAUUGGGACAAAAUAGUGGAACAAUAUCUGAAUGGAGAAAACCAGCACUAUGAAGUGGCCGAUUUCAUUGGCAAUGUGGAAUUCAGAGAGAUUCAAGGAAAAGGUCUGGGUACACUUGCUACGAAAGAUAUUGAAAAAGGAGAGCUCGUCAUGGCAUCGAAAGCUCUACAACAGACUGAGCGGAAUCUAGACCAGAUACUCACCGACACAGUAGCUCCCGAACUCAUCCUGAGUGGACCCCAGUCGAAGUUGGUCAGAGACAUCAAAAUCAAAGCAAAAGAAGACUUCUCUCUAAAUGCGAAAUUGAGGGGAUUGUACGCAGGGUCAAAAUUCAACAGGAUUCCGACUCGAGAUAUGAUUGAGAUGACUCAGUCUCAGAAUGUUCAGAAGCUUCAAGAAGAGCUCUCAGCUGAACAAAUUGGCUACGCUGUCAAGUUCAACGCUUUUGGAAGCAACUCGGGGACAUUCGUCAAGCAUAAAAACGGACAACUGCCACCUAACACUUUAUCCAACUCCACAUUCGCCGGACUGUGGUUCGAACCCUCCUUCUUCAACCACGACGACAACCCUAAUGUAUGCUGGGCGGUGAUGGGGAACCUUCUUGUGGCGAGGGCUGCAACAAAGAUCAAAGCUGGGGAAGAACUGACCAUUACAUAUAGCUGUGAGCUGCGUAUCACCGAGAGAAAAAACACAUUGAAAGAUUACGGCUUUAAUUACGAUCUCAUCUACGAAAACAAACAAAAACUGGAGCUCCUGACUCAAAAAUCGGAAGCAGUUUCAGAACUGAUACUGCAGUCACAGAACACUAAGAAUGAACAACACAGAGUUGAUCUGCUGAAUCGAGCUAUAAAAUUAAACAACUCUGUUAUUAGAGAUCAUUAUUCACGAAUUUCUGAUUUGCAACCACUAGUGAUGGGUUUUCUGUAUGACCAAAUGCAGUUGUAUUUGGCAACUAAACACGAACGAAAAGCGAAAGAGACUGCAAUAAAAAUACUGGAUUUUUUUCCAUGUUACGUUAACGAAGAUUUGCUGCAGACUAUUUUGACCUCCUUCAGCUUGAGUUUGAAUCCAGAAUUGCUGGAAUCACUCCAAAAGUGUGUCAAGCUCAUUUAUGGAACUAAUAAUAUAUCACUGUUUUAUUAACCCUGUUUGAAGUCAAUUAAUCACCGAGUUGUAUCAGUUAAU